AGACUCCUCUGCUCCAAUUAGUUCGUACUAUAGGCCACUUUUAAGGCUCUCUCUUUCUCCCCCUCGCUCUGUUAUUGCUCUCUUCAUAUUCAUACUUCAUUCUCUUAUCACUAUCUUAACAAAUCAAGUCUUUGUAAUUUUUCAGAGAAAGAUAAGAUCAAUGGAGAUGGUUCGUGGGUUUUUAUUCAUCUUUUGGAUUACAGUGAGUCUUGUUAUUAUACAAAAUUCAAGUAAUAAUAAUAAUGUAGAAGGAAGGUUUCAUUAUCACAAGAAGCAAAAGUAUAAAGAAGUCCCUGCACCACCACCACAAUCAUCAUCAUCAUCACCAUCACCAUCACAAUCACAAUCACCAGUGAGUAAUGAUGAUCCGACUGUGCCUUCGGACCCUUCUCCUCCAACUCCAGGCACUUCCAUCACUCCCGUACCAUCAGACCCUUAUCCAAACGACCCGGCGCCAGAACCAGCACCAGCACCAGCACCAGCCGAUGGGGAUGAUACGACCAGCACCGGCUGCACAUUCGACGUCAUGUCGUAUGGUGCGGUGGGAGAUGGCGAAGCAGACGACACUGCAGCCUUCAGAGAGGCAUGGAAAGCUGCCUGCGCUGUGGAAUCAGGUGUCGUUUUGGCCCCUGCUAACUACUGUUUCAAAAUCACUUCCACCAUAUUUUCAGGACCCUGCAGCCCCGGAUUAGUUUUCCAAGUAGAUGGGGUAUUAAUGACACCAGAUGGACCAGAGGAAUGGCCCCAAGCAGAUAGCCGUAGACAAUGGCUUGUGUUUUACAGACUGGACAAUAUGAGUUUCACAGGAACUGGUACUAUUGAAGGCAAUGGUGAGAAGUGGUGGGAUCUCCCUUGCAAGCCUCACAGGGGUCCCAAUGGAUCAACAAAAUCAGGACCAUGUGAUAGCCCAGCUUUAAUACGGUUCUUCAUGAGCUCCAACUUGGCAGUAAAAGGACUAAGUAUAAAAAACAGUCCAAUGUUUCACAUGAAAUUCGACGGUUGUGAAGGUGUGCUGAUUGAUGGGAUAUCCAUUUCAUCACCAAAGCUUAGCCCCAACACUGAUGGGAUCCACAUAGAGAAUACUAAAUCAGUGGGGAUAUACAACUCAAUGAUAGCCAAUGGAGAUGACUGCAUUUCAAUUGGUCCUGGAUGUUCUGACGUGGACAUAGAAGGUGUGACGUGUGGGCCAAGUCACGGGAUUAGCAUUGGGAGCCUAGGAGUGCAUAACUCACAAGCAUGUGUAUCGAACAUAGCGGUUCGAAACGUCGUGAUCAGAGAAUCAGACAACGGGCUGAGAAUAAAGACAUGGCAAGGUGGUACGGGCUCCGUAACUGGGAUAGUGUUCGAGAAUAUUGAAAUGGAGAAUGUGAGGAACUGCAUCAACGUGGACCAGUACUACUGUCUCUCCAAGGAAUGUCUCAAUCAGACCUCGGCUGUCUACGUAAACGACAUCCAAUACCGCACCAUAAAAGGCACAUACGACGUACGGACCACCCCAAUCCACUUCGCCUGCAGCGACGCCGUCGCCUGCACCAACAUCACCAUGUCCGAUGUCGAGCUCUUCCCGCACGAGGGAGAGUUGCUCGAAGACCCCUUUUGCUGGAACGCUUAUGGGACUCAGCAGACUCUCACCAUUCCUCCCAUUAGUUGCUUGCAAGAAGGGGAAGCUCAGACUCUGGCCGAGCCCCACAAAUAUAUUUGCUCAUAGUUUCUUUUAUACAUAUAUAUAUAUAUGUUGGGUUUUUUGGUCCAUAUAUACUUACUUGUAUUUGUAUAGAGAGCCGAAGAGCACCAUUGUUGUUUGUGGGUUGAUUAGGGGGCUCUUCUCCAAUUGGUAUCAUCACUUACUAGGCGCUCCGUCCCUAUUUGGGUCUUAUAUACCCCUUAUUGUGUGAUGAGGAGGAUGAUAUAUGUGAAUUUUAAAGUGGGUCUAUUAUUACUAUUAUUAUUUAUUCAUGUGACCCUACAUUGUAAUUUUUAUUUUAGUAAUAUGAGAAAUUUUAAUUUAUUUCGGUUUA